UCCCGAAUCAGCUAGAUUUCCCGGGAAAGAUAACGGCAGCCUGUCAGGAACUCAAUUUUCCGACCGACUUCUGAAGAACCAAAUCCUCAUACAUCCGGGAGUGGGAGACAACCUCAAUUGUCAAUCUCUCUCACACACACUCAACGGUUAAAAACUUUGUUUUGUCUGUGAUUUAAUUCCUCCAAUCUCCCCAAAUCUCAAAAGGGUUUGUUUCUGUAUGGACAAUCCCACGGUUCAGAGAUUGCCCAGUGAGUCAUCGGAGCUGAAUCUUGAUCCGACGAGGUCCGAUGUGGAGCUAGCCCGUUCGCGCAACAUAGAACGCCUGAUCAAUGUGAACCACCGCCGAGCGCCGUCAAGGACGAUCUACUUCGACAGGUUCAUCCCGUCCAGGACGGGUUCGAACUUUGCUCUCCUCCACCUCCCUCCGGAGCGACCUGAGGACAGUGUCUAUUCCAGGCUACUUCGCUCUGUGCUUUUUGGUCCUGAAUCUGGCGUUGUCUCACCUGCCACGCCCGAGAACAGAAGCGACUGGAUGAACCCACCAAGCCGGAAUAUCUUCCGGUAUCAGACGGAGACUCGCCGGCCCUUUCACUCCAUUUGUCCACUGGAGUCUUAUGAUGCCGUUGCCGGGGUUAAUCAUUGCCCGGUAAAGGCUCCCCGGAAGAUUCCAAAGUCGCCUUAUAAGGUUUUGGAUGCACCGGCAUUGCAAGACGAUUUUUAUCUCAAUUUAGUUGACUGGUCUUCGCAUAAUGUAUUGGCGGUGGGGUUGGGAAAUUGUGUUUACUUGUGGAAUGCAUGCAGUAGCAAGGUAACCAAGUUAUGUGACUUGGGAAUUGAUGACAGUGUCUGUUCGGUAGGUUGGGCUCAGCGUGGUACACAUCUUGCUGUUGGAACCAGCAAUGGAAAAGUCCAGCUUUGGGAUGCAUCUCACUGUAAGAAGGUAAGAACUAUGGAGGGUCAUCGGUUACGUGUUGGGGCUUUAGCCUGGAGUUCAACUCUUUUGUCUUCCGGUGGCCGGGACAAGAGUAUUUUCCAACGAGAUAUGCGUGCUCAAGGAGAUUUUGUUAGUAAACUGUCUGGACACAAGUCAGAGGUUUGCGGAUUAAAGUGGUCUUAUGAUAAUCGUGAAUUAGCAUCCGGCGGCAAUGAUAAUAGACUUUUUGUUUGGAAUCAAAAUUCAACUCAGCCCGUGUUGAGAUACUCUGAGCAUACAGCAGCAGUAAAAGCUAUUGCAUGGUCUCCCCAUGUUCAUGGACUUCUUGCAUCUGGGGGAGGAACUGCCGACCGAUGUAUUCGUUUCUGGAAUACAACCACAAACUCACACUUGAGCUGCAUUGAUACUGGAAGCCAGGUAUGCAAUCUUGUGUGGUCGAAGAAUGUCAAUGAACUUGUCAGCACACAUGGAUACUCGCAAAACCAGAUAAUUGUUUGGAGGUAUCCUGCCAUGUCAAAGUUGGCAACUCUUACGGGCCAUACAUAUCGAGUUCUCUAUCUUGCCAUUUCACCUGAUGGACAGACAAUUGUCACAGGAGCUGGAGACGAAACACUUAGGUUUUGGAAUGUAUUUCCUUCCGCUAAAUCACAGAGUAGGGACAGCGAGAUUGGAGCAUCAUUUUUUGGAAGAACUACAAUCCGUUAACUAUUGCAGGAAGGGGCGGAACUAGAAUUUUAGGUUGAGGCAAAACCAAAAAAAAAUUGGAGAACACGUUGAAGCUUUUGGGGGUGGGCACCGGGGGCUAAAGCCCCCUCAAUCCUCAAUGUAGUUCCGCCCCUAAUUGCAGGCCUUUUAACUUAUUGACAGCUCUCAAAUGGGUCUGCUUGACCCAAACCACACUGGGAAGAGAAUUUGCAAAGACCUAACAAUGCUAAGAUGUGACUGGAAGCAAUGGAAACAUCUCUGGUUUCUUGCAACCUGAAUGUUUUGUAGGUCUUUUUCCCACUUCAACAGGUUUUAGUAUGUUGAGAGGGGAGCUGUUAAUUGUUUUAACAGCUCCCUUGUAUAUUUAAGAAGGAAGAAUACUAGCAUGUUUUAACCAUAAUGGUGUAGCAUGCUUUUGUAAUAUUUGUAAAUGACUUAAAUUCUUUUACAUCAAUGUCUCUAUGAGGAGAGGAGAGUGGGUGGUUUUCUCUA